AAACAACAGUAAUGGAAUUCAAGUCUCUUAUUCCAAUUCCAUGGCUUGAAUUCCGUGUACCAAACAGAGCCUAAAAGUUUUUAGACUUGAAUUCAUAGUGGGGCCAUUCAAAAGUUUGUGAACCAACUCAAUCAAGAUUCAAGAGGAAUAUCUUGAAGGGAUGGGUACCCUAGCUAGUUGGUGGAAGUAAGACUUAGAUAACUUGUUCUUAUGGUCAAGAAAAGAAUGCUUUUGCAGCCAUGUCAAGAUUGGUUCAAAUGAUAUCUUUAUUAUGGCCAUUUUUUAAAGUCUCCAUAACAUUAUUAUUAAACACAAUGCAAGCUUGCAUAUUCCUUGUUUUACACUGAGGAUUUCCUUCCCUAUUAUUAACAUAUGUUGAAACAUCUGUUUUCUCAUGCUCAUUUAAAACCACAUACAAGAGUUUAGAGAGGAAAAAGUUUAACUUUUUAUUCCUUAGAAUCAUAAGAAUCAGUCAAUCUGGGGGCCUCUCAUUCCUCUAAAUCUAUGUCUAACCACGAGGUCUGCGGCAUGGAGAUGCGGAUCAAUCUGGACUGUCCUGCUUGUUGCAAGAAAAUGGAUAGAAUCCUUUUGAGGAUGAAAGAAAUAGAGAAGCGCAAGAUAGACGGGAAGAACAACAUGGUGGUGGUUUGUGGGAGAUUUGAUUAUGCAGAGGUAGCCAUAAAGAUCAGGAAGAAGAUGAGACGCAGGGUUGAGAUUUUGGAUGUCCAGAUGUUCACCGCCCAACCCGAAUAACCCAAAUCGGGUGUUCUUCCAUGUAACACAAUGAGUAAAUGUAGGAGAUCUUCUAUUCCAAAAAUGUUGUCCCAAACAGAUGUCUCACUCUUAAGGAAUGAUAUAUUUAACUCGUAAAUUUUUCUUUCUCCUUCACGAAUUUUCAAUUAGAACUUUUACCUUUUAAACUCCUUAAAGUCAAACCAUAAACUUCAAUGUGCAUG